CGGGGCGAGGCGGGGCCGGGCCGGGCAGAGACGCAGUGUCCGCCGGGCAGCAGCGGGGCUCGGAUCGCCGCGGGUACGGCCGAGGUCGUCAGUGAGAAGGGGAAAAAUGGCUAAAUUGACCCAGUUAAUUGACAAUGAAGUCUUCCGGGCUUAUGCUACUUACACAGCCAUUGUUCUUCUGAAAAUGAUGCUAAUGAGUCUGAUAACAGCAUACUUCAGGGUCACAAGAAAGGCAUUUGUCAACCCAGAAGAUACAGCAACAUUUGGAAAAGGGGAGASUGCUAAGAAAUACCUGAGGACUGAUCCAGAUGUUGAACGUGUACGCAGAGGCCACCUGAAUGACCUUGAGAAUAUUGUCCCAUUUGUUGGCAUUGGACUGCUGUAUGCUCUGAGUGGCCCUGAGCUGUCCUCAGCCUUGCUACAUUUCAGGAUCUUCACUGGGGCUAGGAUCUUUCACACGUUUGCAUACUUGAUCCCUCUUCCCCAGCCUGGCAGAGGUUUGUCUUGGGCAAUUGGCUACUCAGUGACCUUCUCCAUGGCAUACAAUGUCCUGAAGACACUGUGGCUCCUGUAGCAGAGCUGUAGCUUCCGUGCCCCAUUCAACAUUCCACACAGUUUCCAGCACUGUAUGUUGAUAUCUUGAGUGAGCCAAYGAGUCUUCCGUGGUAACUGGAGUUCUUUUUUUUAUCAGAAGCUUUUUAUUCCUAUUCAGAAGUGUUUCUUUUUGGAGGGAAAAUGAGUCUUUCUUCCUGUAUUCCCUGUUCAUGGUUGCACUGCCAAAUACUAGAUUGGAUGUUCCCUCUGCGAUUUGUCAAGUGCUUACAAUUCUAAACAUGCAAUGAUGCUGUAUUGAUAGCGUGUUUGAUAAUUUUCUACAGAUGCACUAUUUUUGGCUGUAGCUCUGAAGUCUAAAUCAAUAAAGACAAGAUUUUAAAAAAAUGCCUGUUUGUAUUUUUGUUUUCAUUUUGACU